AUGCCGGUAAAAUAUGGAAACUAUGCUUUUGUAUGGGAUGCAGCUGUAUUGGAAUAUGUGGCUAUCAAUGAUCCAGAUUGUUCCUUUUACACCAUUGGAAAUACUGUGGCUGACCGGGGGUAUGGAAUUGCAUUACAACACGGCAGUCCUUACCGAGAUGUUUUCUCACAAAGGAUCCUGGAACUUCAGCAGAACGGUGACAUGGACAUCCUGAAGCACAAAUGGUGGCCUAAGAAUGGCCAGUGUGACCUGUACUCCUCAGUGGACACAAAGCAAAAAGGAGGCGCCCUGGACAUUAAAAGCUUUGCAGGGGUUUUUUGUAUCCUGGCUGCCGGAAUUGUCCUCUCCUGCUUCAUAGCCAUGCUGGAGACAUGGUGGAACAAGAGGAAAGGCUCCCGGGUCCCAUCAAAAGAGGAUGACAAGGAAAUUGACCUGGAGCACCUCCAUAGACGUGUAAAUAGCUUGUGCACAGAUGACGACAGCCCCCAUAAACAGUUUUCCACCUCGUCAAUUGACUUGACCCCUCUGGACAUUGACACUUUGCCAACACGACAAGCACUGGAGCAAAUCAGUGAUUUCAGGAACACUCAUAUUACCACAACAACCUUUAUCCCAGAGCAAAUCCAGACUCUUAGCCGCACACUGUCAGCUAAAGCUGCCUCUGGUUUCACUUUUGGCAACGUGCCUGAGCACCGAACUGGCCCUUUUAGGCACAGGGCACCUAACGGGGGCUUUUUCAGGAGUCCUAUAAAAACAAUGUCAUCUAUUCCUUAUCAACCAACUCCUACCCUGGGGCUCAAUCUGGGUAAUGAUCCAGACCGAGGCACCUCCAUAUGAGCAUCAAACAAAAUCUCUUCACUGUUUCCUUUUAGGACUCCCUUUGCAAGGAGCAACUGUAAUAUUGUGGGACUAACAUGGAUGUAACUUUAAACAAAAAAUCAGGAUUAUUAGUAACAAUUCUAGUUUUAUCUCCCCCCCACCUCCUCUCUCUCUUCUAUUUUUUUCUCUCUCUUUUCCCUCUCUUUCCGUACAUUUUUCUUCACUUUUUUUCAUUACUCAACUUGUUCCCCCAGAAUGUAGUAUACUAGGAUCCUAUUAGUCUGCUUUUCAUAUACUGUACAUCAAGUAUAGGAAAUGUGCACUGAGUAUACUAAAAGUAUAUGCAGGAUUAAUUUUACAUAAAGGCCUCAUAUGUAACGUUUCUCUAUUUUUAAAAAUAUAAUUGCAAUAACUUCAGUCUUUUUACAUUCUUCUACUGCAUCCAUACAAUGCCCCACUGCUGUUGAGUGUCCUUUAACUGUGGACCAAAGGCAACCCCUGCAGUAUCUAUAAAACAAUUUAAAGACCAUUCAGGCCACAUCAGAUGAGAAUGCAAUUUGUAGGAUUACAAAAAGCCAUUAAUAUGCCAGUCAAGACUACAGUUAAAACAACUCUUGCACUGCAACAGUGCAUAUGACCUUUAUGUGAUUGUACAGUAUUAAAAGUUUUUCUUAUGUACAGUAAACUUUAUCAUAUGGCAGAAGCCUCUAUUGUGUUAAAUAAAUUAGUAUCUCAUAUAUAUACAUAUAUAUGCACCUAUACAAUGUGUAUAUAUAUAUACAAAGGCAGCCAUUGCUAUUGCAAUUCAUUUAAUAAAGCUUUAGUUUAAAUAAAAGUAUUGUAUACAGGAACUAUGUAUAGUGCAGGGGUUCUUUUCAGUUAGAAAAGGCAGGUUGCUUUAAUGUUAUUCCAAUUUGCAUUGUUUGCCAACAAAAAAUAUUUUAUACUUUUGUUAUUAAAACAUCCAGGGCAAUUUAAUAUUUGUUCCUAGAUGUAACUCACUUGAGUAGAUUUUGCAUUUGUUAUUCAGCCGUGUACAAAGCUAACCCUGAUACUUUUACUUUUAAUAAUGAUCUAAGUGAAAAAUGCUAUUAGCUGCAUCACAUCCACAACAGCACAUAGAGUUCUAGAAGAGUUUAAACGUAGAUCAUUGAAGGUUAAAAAUCCUCUUCCAAAGCAGUAAGCCAAUCAAUACAAUAACUAUUUGGGGAAGAGCGGGAGCCCUCAAGAAAUAGCAAUGUGGCCUUAAAUUACUGUCAUACAUUGUCCUAAAGAAGAAAAUAUAAUCACCAUAAUGGGCUCUCAACUUGACCCCCUUUUUUAUUUAGUUCUAUUUGGAGGAGUUAUGUAUUUUUUACAUUAGUGCCAAGAAUCUAGAAGAAUGACAGCAAAAACAGUGCCUCUUUGUGCACAAACCCUUUUAAAGUAGUAUUCUUACCUGUUAGCGAUGUAGAAUGAACUUUGUUUGCAAUCCUUAAAUUAAAACGUGGUAAGUAGGAAGCAAGAACUUAUUCUGUGUUUUUCUGCAGCCAUACACUUAUUUUAAUCUAAUUCAUUCUGUGGCUAGGAUUGAUGUAGGAAUCAACCUAUGUGAUUUGCUUUAGGAGAAAUUAAAAGGUAUAUUCUUAAGAUAUAUUAUAUUUUGAUGCUAAUUCUGUUCUGGGGAGCAUCUUGUAUUGUCACUGUUUUUGUACUAAAUCUUCAAAUAUUGUCUACUGUGUAAGGCAGAAAAAUUUCUUAUCAUGCAAAAACCAUUUUGUUUCCAGGGUAACAAGUACCUAAGUGCAUGCACAACUUGUUUUCCCUUGUAACAUUCAUGAUCUCAUUCACAACUCUGAUUUUAAAACAAAACAAAAAAUUCUUUACAACAAGCUAUAUAGGGACAUACCAGAUGUUGCAGUGAUUUUAGCUAUCAACAAACUGUUAACCAUGUAUAAUAUUUAAAAUAGGCUUAUUUUGAUGUGUUGCCUAUUAUACAAAUACACAAAACAUUUUUGGAGGCCUCAGUUAUGAGUGGCAGAGCUUUCUGUGUAUAAUUUGUCUAAAUAAUUUGUCUAAUAAAAAUGUUUUCUAAA